AUGGGGAUGUCACAUGAUGGUCUUAUGAAUGGUAUUAUGAUGGAAGGAAAUAAGGCCGAUGGUGUUAUAAAUGAAGGGGUGAUGGAGGGAAAUGAAGCUGAUGGUGUUAUAAAUGAUGGUGUGAUUGGGGGAAACCAGGGUAAUGGUGUUAUAAAUGAUGGUGAGGGUGACGGUAUUGAGCAACCACAUGAUGGAGCAGAUAUGGAUGGGAAUGAUUUUGAUAAUGAAGGGUAUAUACAACUUAGAAGGACAAGAAAACCCUCUAAAAGGAUCACCCUGUAA